UCUCUCUCUAGAAGAACCUCUCUCUCUCUCCGUUGUAAUUCUCAAGGAUUCAGAGAGCGGGGGCGGUAGGGGCGGUAGGGGCUUGUUUCGGAGAUUCCAUUGAAGCCGCGAACCUUUUUUCUUCUCUUUGGAUUUCUGUGUUCUUUGUGUGCUUUCCUUUUGCCCUUUUGCUUUUCUCUCUUCCUUUAUACUGCGCUCCUCGUCCUUCGGAACCAUUUCUUCAUUUUCAAUCCGUGUGUGUCUUCUUCUCUCCCGAUAUAAUGCUCCAGAUUUUCAAGAAGGUUCUGAUUUAAUAGACUUCUCAGCUGUAAAACUAUGGAGGGCGACACAUUUUCAGGGAUUGGGAGUACUGCACAGAUCGAUAGCAAGAUUUUACAGACAUUUCAUAAGAACUUUGUUCAAGUUCAAAACAUAUUGGAUCAAAACAAGCUGCUGAUUAGCGAGAUAAACCAAAACCACGAAUCAAAGAUCCCUGAUAAUCUUAACAGAAAUGUGGGUCUGAUCCGAGAAUUAAACAACAAUAUCAGGAGGGUUGUUGACUUAUAUGCUGAUCUUUCAUGUUCCUUCACCAGAUCCAUGGAAGUUUCUUCAGAAGGUGAUUCCAGUGGAGCUUUGAAGUCAGAUGGUAAAGCAGGCCAGAAGAGAAACAGGGCUGUCUAGGCCACAAAAUUCUUCCUUCUCCAUUCUUUGGCGUGGUGGGACACAAGGAAAACAUUGCUCAUCUCUGUCAAAAAAAGGCUAGUAUUUCAAUAGAUUCCCUGUAACUUUCUUGUAUGAUUUAACUCUCUAGUUUUACUUAGUUCUUAAUCAUCCUUGCAUUGCUUAGAGAAAAAUAAUCGUCCUGAUUCUGUAUUUAAUUGCUGUUCUCAACUGUGGAUCUGCUUGGCGAAAUUAGCAUAAAGUUCUCAUCUGAUUUCUUGUUUUGGUUUC